UUUCGGUGCAAAAGGUGAGUCACUCAAGGCACAUGUAACAAUAACUUGGAUAUCUAUGAUAGUAGCAGGCUUUUGUUAGAUCAGCAGCUAUGGAUUUACAUCUGAUGAUUCAAUUCAAUUCGCAAUGCGAUUCACCCCUUAGCUAAUUGUGCGUUGUUACCUUCGCCACGAAUGUUAUGCUUUCGGUAAUGUUCGUGGCUAAGUGUGCAUUUGUGUGUGUAAUUGCAAGUGAACAAAAAUCAAAUACAUGAAAUGAUUGAGGUCUAAAGACAGGUAAGUAAGCUAAAUACUAACAUAUACAAAUAUUAAGUGGUUUAUUGUACAUAUGGUACAGAAUAGGGUACUAGAUCUACGUUACCAUUGCGGUGUUUGACUUUUCCAUUGAAGACAUUUGAAAAUGAAACGCCCCAUAUAUUCUAUAAUAGAUUGAUUCGAUGAUCAAAGUAGGAAGAGCAUCUUUUGUGGGUUUGUUAACAAUGGAAAGCUUGGUGUGAUUUCGGAAACUAUAUAAUAUAUCAAGCUCUGGACCUGCUACCUUGUAAACAUAUUACCAUUUUCUUUCACGGUGAUGGAAAGUUGCGGGCGAGGAAAUGGCUGAAACACCCGGACACUGGGUAACAGAAAACGGUCCGGAGUCUGGUCCAGAAGCCAAAGAGUACACUGGUUCUGCUUACUUUAAGGAAGAAAUGGAACACGAAGUAAACGAGAUACUACUGAGAUCCAGACCAUAUUGGAAACCACUGGGAACAACUCGGUACCACAAUAACUGGUUUGUCGUCCUGGACUAUCAUGUCAGUUACACCAUGAAGAAGCUGCGAAUUGUCAACUACGGCUGUGACUGGAACCAUGACGUCAAGGCGUUCACUCUUCAAGUCUCCAACACGAGAAACCCGUAUUACGACUGGACCCCCGUGCUGACCGUGACUGACGUGGCAGCGAACACCUCCCUCCCGCAGUACUUCGGCGGGUUCUCGGCGUCCGGCCGCUACUGGAGGGUCACCGUAACUGCCACCUACUCGGGCUGGGAGCCGUGGAUAAGAACGUUUCAGCUCUUUGGCAUCAAGGACUCGCCAUAUCUCUGUGAAGCCGUGACAUCAUUUUUGGGAAGAGGCAGUAUCGUAGUGCGUGGUCCUACCUUCAAUGACACAAACGACGUGGAGGACGAUGGUACGAUGGGCGUGAUUCUACGGAGAAUGUGGAGUGACACUGACAGGUUUUCACGCGUAUAUGACGUCAUGUGGAAAAAAAGCGGGGGCACAUACGUCAUCGGUGAAACCGGAAAUUCGCGCACGCGGCAUAUUGAUCUUUUUCCCGCCGGCUUCGGUCACAUAGACUGGAGUCCACAGCCUGAGCUGAGGGGGCUCCUGUGUGCCAACAGCGCUACCUGUAAGGUGUGCGGCAGCAUGAUGGGAAAUUCCUGUGGAUGUGACAAGGCAUGCAGGAUAUUUGGAGACUGUUGCCAUAACUACGAGUCCGCCUGUGGUGAUGAUGUAACAGAUGAUGAAGAUAUCCGGCCAGUGAUACAGCCGGACUCCUGCAGGGGACGAUGUAACAUGGAGAACAUCGUCAGUGUUGUGACGUGCAACUGCAUAAGUUCAUGCAACACGACGGGAACUUGCUGCGAUGACUUUGAAGCUGUCUGUCAGGGACACAAGGGCGGUUGGACAGGUGACAGUAACGUCAACAUCACUGCCACAGAAAGCAACCAGCCCCUGCAGUGCGUUGCACCCUGGGACUUCCGCUCCCACUUCUGGAUGGUCGCGAGUUGUCCGCCCAGCUUUGCAGACGACAUCGUCCGAGGCAUGUGCGAGAUAUCCUUCCAGAACUUCCAGAAAUACGACAGGUUUCUCUACGCCCCAAUCACGGACAACUCCACCAACACCAACUACAGAAACGUGUUCUGUGCCCUAUGUAAUAACGCUAGGUACAUGGUAGGGUGGGAAGUGGUUGCCAAGUGUCGUUACACUCCUCCAACUGCAAUAAAAGGUGCACUGCAGGAUAGAGGCAGCAUUUGCAAUCAUUAUUUCAGGCCAAGUGUUGCCCCCGCGCGACUUUGCUUCCCUCCCCACACAACCCCGCCUCGUGCAAAUGUUCGCUGCGAUGUGGCAAAGUGUCGGAACAUAACCGCUGUUUUCUACGCAAACACCCGACCCUUUAGAAACUCUGCUUGUGCGGAGUGCUAUGCUGAUGAGGACGACCUUUCUGAUACAUCUUGUAAAUCAGAUGACACGGACAAGGUGGGGUUCUUUGGGAUCAUUACUGUGCUAGUUGACUAUUCGGCCAUUUUCCAAAGCAAAAUGUCAUCUAGCGAACUACAGGUCAGCGACCAUAUUGAGUCGUGUUCUAUAGGGUUUAUAUACGACCCAUUUCGAGAUACCUGUCGUAAGAUCUCUUUUGUGACCCCUAAUGAAGAAGUCCCCAAAGAUGCAGGUGUAACACAGGCGGGAGAAUCCUUGGAGAAUGAUUAUGAUGACCAUCAAGCACCAACUCAGAGUCCCAUUGAUGAGUUACCAACUCAAAACUCAUAUUUCCCACAGCAAAGCACUACAUUUCUCGUCAUCAACACAGUUUCUGGUGCUUCUGCCGUCAUUUCUAUCUUAUAUCUCCUAUCCGGCCUUCGCCGCUUUGCGCGCGCCGAAUCCGCUGUGAAGAUCUGCCUCUUGACAUCCCUUCUUCUGGCACAGAUCAGCCAGCUGCUGGGUCAGGUCGUUCCUUCAGCAGCCUGCUGCACGGCCAUGUUGGUGUGCACCCUCUGCUUCUGUCUGGCCACUAGUCUGUCUCUCACUGCCACAAUCCAACACCUGUCUGUCCUACAGCGAGGCGGCACCUGUAAAGCUGCUGCCCAUCUCUUAGUCAUUGUGGUUAUUCCGCUGGCAAUGUCAGGAGGUUACAUUGCACUGGAUGACUCAACCCGCAUGGGGGCGCCACGUCCAUUGGCUAGUCCUCCCUUCUGUUGGAUUGACGACCCCGCAAAAAUGGCCAUCACAAUGGUCGUGCCCUUAGUGAUCUGUACGUUAGUUGACCUCUACUAUCUGCUCCGUAUGUCCAUGACAUGUGCUACCACCGAUGGCGUGCAGUACUCCUCCCUAGCGCUAGGGGCGCUGGUGUUUGUCCCAUUCACAGCUGCCAUGACCACAGGCGUCAUGACUGCCUACUUUGACUCAGAACUACUGCGCACGGCUUUCUUAUACAUGGUGAUCUCCUUGGGCGGGGUGGUUGGGUUCCUGCUCCUGGUAUUUUCGAUUGUUGGGUUUCGGAAGGACGAUGCUGAUGUAGUUGUCCCUUCUUUGCCAAAUUCAGUUGAAGCCUCGAGUGACCCGUCUGUUCCCUAA